CUCCCCUCUCCCCCUCCCCUCUCUCUCCCCCCCUGUCCCGGGCGGGCGGGCUGGCUGUGCAGUGUGUGUGUGUAUGAAUGAUCAUGGCGGCAGAGUUGACACUGCCCGCUGAGCUGCCCAGCAGUCCACUGGCCAUCGAGUACGUGAACGACUUUGACCUGAUGAAGUUCGAGGUGAAGAAGGAGCCGGGCGAGGCGGAGCGUUACUGCCAACGCCUGAACCCUGCCGGCUCCUUGUCUUCCACCCCCAUCAGUACCCCGUGUAGCUCGGUGCCGUCGUCUCCCAGCCUAUGUGCAGCCAGCCCGGGCAGCGCCUGCAGUGCCAAGACUCAGCAGCUUGAAGAUCUGUACUGGAUCACCAACUACCCCCAACAUCUCAACCCCGAGGCGCUCAGCCUCACCCCCGAGGACGCGGUGGAAGCGCUGAUCGGCAGCUCGCAGUCCCACCACCCGCACCACCACCACCUGGAAGCGUACAGGGGCCAGCAGUUCCCCGGCGAGGAGGUCCCCAUGAACGGCCACCACCACCACCACCAGGGGAAUCCCCAUCACCUCCACCACCACCACCACCACCACCUCCACCAUCUCCGGCUGGAGGAGCGAUUCUCGGACGACCAGCUGGUCAGCAUGACGGUUCGGGAACUCAACCGCCAGCUGCGGGGUUUCAGCAAGGAGGAGGUGAUCCGCCUGAAGCAGAAGAGAAGGACAUUGAAGAACCGGGGCUACGCGCAGAGUUGCCGCUACAAGCGGGUCCAGCAGAGGCACAUGUUGGAGAGCGAGAAGUCCCUGCUCCAGCAACAGGUGGAGCAGCUGAAACAGGAGGUGUCCAGGCUGACCAAGGAGAGGGACAUCUACAAGGACAAAUACGAGAAGGUGGCGGGCAGGAGCUACCGAGACCAGGCCGCUUCCAACCCCGGCAAGAACGGCCUCUCCUCCAGCGAGUUCUUCAUGUGAGAGGCUGCAGUUGGACCAGGGUUGGGCGAAGGAGAAGGUCCUCUAGAUGUUCCGCUCAGUGUUGUUGGGCAGGUGCAUAGACUGAACCAUCCACGUGUGGGACUCUGGUCAAUGCAACCAUCUCGGCAACUCCCUCACAAACAUGAGCAUGGACUUCCACCGGUACAAACGUGGACUUGAAGCAACGAGAGAAAUUGUCAAAGGCAAUAGUUGGGGGAGCAACGUGGACUUUCCGAACGCACCAGCCCUCAUGCGGGACAUGUAUGGCCGCUGGUUUCUCGUCGUUCCACGGUCUUGGAGCGAUGGGGGGGAUAAAACCCCCAAAGCAUGGCUCCUGGUUUAUGUUCACUUCACGUUUCCGGCAUCAUCGGCAAGCGGGAAUCGGAGUAAACACAUUCUGGAGUAAACUCUGUAAAAAGUUGCCCACGGACUUCAACAAGGUGGGGACAUCACUGGGUGGGGGAGAGAGAGAGGACUUGUGGUCUCACCUCCCCCCCCCCUUACUCUACCCACACUGCUUCCAUUUGCAGUCUCACCGAUUUUUUUAUUUUUUUUUUCAUUUUAAACAAAGACUGUUUUUAAAAAAAUUCGAAGGGGAAAAAAAAGGACUUGAAUAUUUAACUGGAUUGGAUUGUACAUAGAAUGGUUUCGCUAUCUGCCUUUAUUUCCGCCUUUUGUUGAGCCUAUAUUUUGCUUGAUCGAGUCUUAAAAUAUCUUUGUAAUGAAGAGCAUGCAGAAAAUGUAAAGAAAUGAAAAACAAAUACUGAGGUCAUUUAAUGAUGUAGAUUAAGAAAAGCCUACUGCACUAUCAGAGCCCAAUUUGUUUUUAUAAACAAGGCUUAUGUCUUUUAUUUAACGUUGUUUUUAACUUAUUAUAAUGGCUGGCCUGACGGCUGCAUCACUCUUGGUUUGGAAGGAAGUGGUUUUGUGAGAUAAUGGCUCGGGUUUUGUGUCUGGCCUUGAUUUAAUCAGACAGAUGUCACUAAUUCCCGUCAUUACUGAGCUGUGAUCUUUGUCGGGCAUCACAUCGCCCCCAACUCUGGCGUUUAAUGUCGUGGGGAGAAUUCCUUGCCCUGAAACCCACAGCCCAGUAAAUAAGAGAUGACAGAUGGACAGAUUUACAGAGGGGUUAGAUAUAAAGUGGAGAAUAAAUCAGUUAUAUAUCGGAAGCAAUGAAUUUCUGGAAUAAUUCCUGUUCUGUGUGCAAUUCUGAUUGAAAAUUCUUCCAGACCCACACACUCAAAUAUUUUCCAUCCUAAUGUCGGCCCCGUGUAGAUAAAAUCAAAUUUCGCCCUCUCCACCCACACCCGUUGUAGCUCGGGUGGGCUAGGGUUAGGGGGUCCAGAUGCCGCACAUGGACCUACCUGAGUGGUUUGGGGCUGGCUGGACGCGGACAGAACUGGGACGAAAUGUCGAAGACGGGAGAUUCAAAGUCAUUCCAAGAUAAGAGUGACCGUGAGCCAGGCAGGAACAGUCUUGUAAAUCCAGUCAUUUAUAUUACCAAGGUUCAAAGUUCCGGAGAUGAAAGGUCUCAAUGUAAAUAUGAUUUCCUUCUGCAGCGACGGCGGGGUGCGGGUUUGUUCCAUUUGUCCCCUCAUCGCUACUGCAUGUUCACUCUGGUUUUGAAUGACUCCAAAAACUGAAGUCUGUGUCAGACUCGCGAAUCCUAUGUUGGAGAUUUUGUAUUGUCAGUGUUUCCUCUCGCUUGCAACAAACUCGGGAAGUAACGAGCUGAAUCACAGAGCGAUCUGUACAUGUUUAUUCUCGAAUUAAAAAACACUUUUCUUAAA